GUCUUCUCCAAGUCAGAGCAAAACCAAGAAGAUAGCAGAGCGGAAAGCAAGAGAGAGAAAGAUGGAGGAAGAGAAAGGUGACGUUAGCGAUCCUGGUAGUUCAAUCACGGUGACUAUCAAGUUCAGAGGACAAGCCAUACCUGUCACUCUCUCUCCAGACUCCACCGUCAAAGACCUCAAAUCUCUCGUUCAACCCCUCACCGACGUCCUCACUCGAGGUCAAAAACUCAUCUUCAGAGGGAAACUUCUUGUGGAUUCGGCCACACUGAGGUCAUCGGAGGUCACAAAUGGGUCCAAGAUCAUGCUCAUGGCUUCUCAGGGUCUUCACCAAGGAGAUGGUCCGAUUAGAAACGAAGCCCCUGUACCAUCCAGUUUGAGGAGGACUGCCGAAACUGAUCAAGGAAACAAGGAAAAACCCUAUGUUUCUGUUGGAAAGAGUCAACUCGAUCGUUGGAGGGCUACUGGGGUGGUGGCAUUGUCUGAAUGCAAGUUGAAGGCCAUACCUGAGGAAGUGUGGAUCUGCGGAGCUUCUGUGAGAGUACUUGAUCUCAGCCACAACUCACUACCAGAUGUACCUGCUGCAAUUAGCUGUUUGACUUCCGCACAGAAACUGCUCCUGAAUUCAAAUGAGAUACGGGAUGAAUGCAUUAGUUGGGAAGCAAUAGCAUCUUUGAAGCCUCUGAAUGUUCUGUCUUUGAGCCAGAACCAUUUAACGACUUUGCCUUCUCUGCUGGGUGCUUUAACUUACCUGAGGCAACUUCAUAUUGCAAACAACAAGUUGACAUGUCUCCCAACAGAAAUAGGACUUUUGACUGAGCUUCAAGUUUUGAAAGCCAAUAAUAACAGGAUAAGCACCAUUCCAACACGUAUAGGGGGCUGUACUUCCCUUGUUGAGGUUGAUCUUUCAUCAAAUCUUCUGCUAGAGCUGCCAGAGACAUUUGGCAGUUUAAAAAAUUUGAAGGCCUUGCAUCUGAAUAACAAUGGGCUCAAAUCUCUUCCUGCUACCCUGUUCAAAACGUGCAUGCAGCUCUCGACCCUGGACCUACAUGGCACAGAAAUAACAAUGGAUCUUCUCCGCCAGUUUGAAGGAUGGGCAAACUUUGAUAAUCGUCGCCGUUUGAAACAUCAGAAGCAACUGGAUUUCCGGGCCGGGGACUCUGCUGUAUUUGAUGAAGGUGCUGAUAAGAACUGACCGAUAGAGAAUGACAGUUGAGCAAGCUAUUGAUGCAAGCUUUGCCUUUUUUGGGACUUGACGUGCACUUAAGCUGGUGAGCCGAGGAAUUUUCUUUGGGAGAUAGUCAAUUGAAUUUCUCUACCGAUAAUUGCAUGAACGGAAUUUACUGAAUUAGAAGAUAGUAUAUUCUUUCGUACAAGUUAUUUUUGAAAAAGCUGUGGGCGGCAUUUCUGCGUUACAAUGUAGGGAACAAAUCUUUUAGUACCUUCUGUUAUAUCUCUCCGUCCUUCAGAAAAAUCAAAGACUCCAGCAUCCAUCUUUUCAGAGUUUCCACAGGUUGAAUUAUUUUUAUAUCU